UCCAUGUCCUAACCAUCCCCCCCCCCGGGAUCCUUUCCCUCUAACCCUAAAAACAACACACCUAAUCCAAUACCCCAUCAAAAUGCCCCCUCACCCACCCCUCCUCCAAACCCUCACUCUAACCCUAACCCUCCUCCUCCUCUUCACCCCCAAAACCACAUCCACCAACCCAACCCUAACCCGCAACACAAUCAUAAUCGGCGGCGGCCCAGCAGGCACCUACGCCUCCAUCCGCCUCCACCAAACCAACCACUCCGUCCUCCUACUCGAACAAAAACCCCGCCUCGGAGGCCAAACAACCACCUACCACCUCCCCGCCACGCACCUUCCCAUCGACUACGGGGUAACUUACUACCAGAACCUCUCCAUCGUGCGGUCCUUCUUCACCCACUUCAACAUCCCCCUCAGCUACUCCGCCUUCGACUUCCCCACCGACAUGUUCGAUUUCACCACAUUAGCCCCGAUCCCCCCAACAUCCAGUAACGUCUCCACUGCCGCUAUGAACCGCUACAUGGAUAUACUAGCCCAAUACCCUUAUCUAAAAGUGGGGUGGGAGUUACCCGACCCCGUCCCGGAGGAACUGUUAAAGCCGUUUGGGGAAUUCAUGGCCGAACAUGGGCUGUUAGAUGCGUUGAGAGAACUAGGGGCGCAGAUUGAUCCGUUAGGCGACUGGCCAAAUAAGCCAACGGUGUAUGUGAUGAAGUUUAUGAAUCGGGAUGUGUUGGAGGGGGGGAGGAAGGGGUUUGUGAGGCCCGAGGGGAGGGAUAAUAGCUUGUUGUAUGAGAGGGCGGAGAGGCAGUUGAGUGGUUCUGGGGGGGUGAUGGUUGGAGUUAGGGUUUUGAGCGUGGUGAGGGAUGAUUCCUCAGGUGUGGUUGUCACAUUCAGGCAAUCAGACGGAGAAGUGGUAACGGUAAAGGGGGAAAGGUUGAUCGUGGCAAUCCAACCCAGCAUCCCCGGCAUGUCGGCCUUCGAUCUAAGUCCCCAAGAAAAGAACCUAUUCAGCCAAUUCCACUACACGUUCUUCUACACAGCCUUGAUCCGAGUGAAAGGCCUACCGACAAACACCUGUUACAUGAACCGGGGCGCGGAUGAUCCGUUCCUAUUGCCCCGGUUACCGGGGAUGUUGCAGCUCAAGCCAACGGAUGAUGGGGAGUUGAAGGUGGCGAAUUAUAUGAGCCACACGGCGUUGUCGGAGGAGGAGGUGAAGAGGGGGAUUUUGCAUGAUUUGGAGAGUAUAAGGAAGAGGUCUGGCGUGGAGUUCCCGGAGCCGGAGUUUUUGGCGUUGGGGGAUCAUAGUCCGUAUGAUUUGGCGGUGGGGGGGGAGGCGAUUAGGAAGGGGUUUUAUCGGGAGUUGAAUGCGUUGCAGGGGGUAAGGAGGACUUAUUAUACGGCGGGGACGUGGGAGAGUUUUAGCACGCCGCAGAUUUGGGAGUUUACGGAGGAGUUGUUGCGGAGGUAUUUUCUUUGA